AUGUCAGCUGCCCGUUAUACCACGACCCCCAACUACUCAGCCAAGAUCCUCGUGAAGGGCACCCCGGAAUACGAACGCUGUCGUACGAACAACCCUUCAGCCGACACGCCGGCCCGCUACCCGCGGGAGAUUCACGUCGUCAAGUCUGCUGAGGAUGUAUCGGCAGCCCUCAGACGGGCGGCGGAGCUGGGUGUGUGCGUGGGUGUACGAUCCUCGGGCCACAUCAUGAACGUGCCAUCCCUCAUCGAUGACGGUAUCCUCAUCGACACAGUAGAGCUGAACAGAGGCCUUGACUAUGAACCGCAGUCCAAGGUUAUUAGCUUCGGCCCUUCAGUGCGUGUUGAGGAGGUCGCAGAGGGACUAGCUAAGAUCGGGCGCUUCUUUCCGCACGGCCAUGCACCCACGGUCGGUGCCGGGGGUUUCCUCCUGGCAGGCGGGCAGGGUUGGUUUGUGCGCGGCUGGGGCGCCACGAACCAGACGUGGAUCGUUAAAAUGGAGAUCGUGGUUCCUGAUGGACGGAUCGUGAUCGCCAGCCCUACCGAGAAUCGGGACCUCUGGUGGGCAGCACGGGGAAGCGGCCUCGCCUUCUUCGGUGUUGUAACGCGGUUCUGGUGCCGCACCAUUGCGACCUCACUCAUGUGGGAGCGCACGUUCAAGUUCGAGAUUAACACCGACAACUACGAGACUCUGAUGACGUGGGCCAUUGAGAGUGGCCGCUCCACACCCAAAUAUGGCACGGACCUUAACCUUACCAUCGAUUACCCAGAGAAGUAUGACCCUCGAUUCACAACAGACGAUGUGCCGCCUUCUAGGAAGUUGCACAUGUCACUCAACUUGCUGUGCUACACGGACACGAGGAGGGAGGCCGUCACGCUGCUCAGCGCCUACGACAAGAUGCCAAAGAAUGUCCAUGACUGGCUCUUGGAGAUGAAGCCCGUCCAGAGGCGGACCUUUGAAGAGGUCUUUGCUAGAAAGCGGGGUUUCCUUGGGAACUCAAAGAAUGAGCGCUGGCAGAUUAACAGCAUCAUGAAUGACCCCGCUGUUCCUCUCUCUAGGCUCCUCGAAGGAAUCAAGCCAGCCAUGCUCGAAUUGCCGACACGAACAUCCUCGGUGUUCCUCUGCCACUGUGAUAUCGUGCCUGACGAGGAGGAUGCGGCGCUGAGCUUGCCACAAGACCUGUACAUCUCGACCAUUACAGGGUGGACUGACCCAUCGCUGGAACCGGCCAUCUACCAGCCGAUGCGCGAUCGGUACCGCCGGGCAUUCCCAGUCGCCGUGGGCAUGUACAUUACCGAAAUUGAUGUUAACAACGAUGACGCGAACACCAAGGUCUUGUCCGACACAGCUCUGGCGAAGUUCCUCCAAAUUCGCGAAAAGUGGGAUCCCAAGGGACUUUUCCCGAACUACAAGGCUAUUGUUAGGGUACACGAUAAGAUUAACAAGCUGCAGAGGAAGUCUCUGCUAUAG